AUGGCGUGCGGCGGCGGCGGCUGCUGCUGCUCGGGCGCGGGGCGACUGAACGCGGACAACGCGCGGUUCCUGCUGCUGGCGGUGCUGAUCGCGCUGUACAUGCUGUGCGGCGCGGCCGUCUUCUCGGCCAUCGAGCUGCCCGGGGAGCGGCGGGCCAAGCAGCGCUGGGAGGAGCGGCUGCAGAACUUCACCCGCCGCCACAACCUCAGCCGCACCGAGCUCCGCGACUUCCUCCGCGAGUAUGAGGAGGCGAGCGUGGCCGGCAUCCGCGUCGAUGACAUCCGGCCCCGCUGGGACUUCACCGGCGCUUUCUACUUCGUGGGCACCGUCGUUUCCACGAUCGGGUUUGGCAUGACCACCCCAGCCACCGUUGGAGGCAAAAUUUUUCUUAUAUUUUAUGGCCUUAUAGGAUGUGCAGGGACCAUCUUGUUCUUUAACCUGUUCCUGGAGCGCCUGAUCACUGUCAUAGCCUAUGUCAUGAAGUCCUGCCAUGAGAGACAGCUGAGGAGGAAAGGGGUCCUCCCUCACGACGGCCGGCGGGGCUCGGGGACCUCGGAGGCAGACAGCCUGGCAGGCUGGAAGCCCUCAGUGUACUACGUCAUGCUGAUUUUGUGUGUAGCAUCGCUCAUCAUCUCCUGCUGUGCCUCUGCUAUGUACACACCGAUUGAAGGGUGGAGUUACUUUGACUCACUGUACUUCUGCUUCGUGGCCUUCAGUACCAUUGGCUUUGGUGAUCUGGUAAGCAGCCAGAACACCCACUAUGAGAGCCAAGGUCUCUAUCGCUUUGGCAAUUUUGUCUUCAUACUCAUGGGGGUUUGCUGCAUCUAUUCCUUAUUUAACGUGAUCUCUAUCGUCAUCAAACAAUCUAUAAACUGGAUACUAAAGAAGCUGGACUGCAGGUGCUGCCAUAGAUGCCAAAGAAAAUUAUUUCGGUCACGGAGGAACGUGGUAAUGCCAGGAAACGUGCGCGGCCGGAGAAACAUCUCCAUCGAGACUGACAUCGUCAAUGAGAGCGACACAGAUGGACGCCGGCUGUCAGGAGAGAUGAUCUCAAUGAAGGACUUCCUGGCCUCCAACAAAGUUUCCCUGGCCAUCAUGCAGAAACAGCUGUCUGAAACUGCUAAUGGCUAUCCGCGGCAAAUGAGCUCAAAGCAGAAUGGAUUCUCUGGUGGAGUUGGAGCCCUAGCGAUUAUGAAUAACAGACUGGCAGAGACAAGUGUGGAUAGGUAAUAUAAUACAGAACAGUAUUAUAAAAUAGUACAGGAAUAACAGUGAAGCAGUGUGAAGCAUUUCAACGUGUACAAAAACAAUGUGGAUCAUGUGGAUGUACCUAGGGAGAGAACUGUCCUAGGGAGAUGGUGAGGUGGGUGUGAAAAGCAUACUUUCUGUUGGAAGACCACUCACAUGUUUUUGGGCUGUCACUGGCUCCAUGAAUUGCACCGGUCUCAGCCUUUCUCCCUCCCCUCCCUUCUGUGCCUCCAACAGGCCAUUACAGGAGAAAUUCAAUUUAGCCUUCAAAUCAAUUUUUCACAUCCUUUGCUUUUCCAUUUUUGUGAAAUACAGAUUUCAAGAUACAAAAUCUGUAGUAUUAGAACAAAUCGAGAGUAUCUUCUGAACAUAUUCUGAAUUCAAAGAUUGUUUUGAACUUUCUGUCUUAACUCUUUUCAUAGUUGUCUUCUGAAGGUAGCUUAUUUAAGACUAAAGGAGGAAUCAUUAUAAGCCUUUCUCUGUCAUAUUGCAGAUCUAAUUAGAUCUAAUUUAAUGGAACAGGAAAAAAAACUGAAAAUAGAAGAAAAAAAACAUUUAUUUUCUUUUAAAUAUCACUUCUUGAAAUGUAUUCCUGUUGUGAAACAGCUAGCUUUGAAAAGCCAGGUUCUGCUGCCAUUAAAAUUAUAUAAAUCUGAAGCAAUUGUAUGAAAGGUGGACUAAGUAUUCUGGAGCUAUUGUGAUUUGAAUGAGAGGAGAAUUUGGCCUUUAGAAUUUAUUUUAGUCUUCCCUUUAAAAGGACACUGUCAAAAGUGAUAAAAUAAAAAAUUAGCCUACUUUCUUUUUUUUUUUUUCCUUUCUAUUGGUGAAACACGUGAUUUUCCCAUGGCUAUUUUUUCUUCUAAAAUUGAAUCACAGCUUUCUGUUUCAAAAAUAUCCAAUUAAUUGGGAAAAAAAAUGCCAUACUGACAAGCUGUUUGAAUUACUGUACAAUAACAACCAGAGAAUUUUACAAAUUUCUGUUCAUAUUGUGCUCAAUUGUGACUGAAGCAGUUCAGCAUCAACAUUAUGUAAUGCAACUUGUAACUGGGUUUACAGAACAGUCUUCAUUACACAAUUAGAUUGCCAUGCCAACAUUCGGUGCAUUAUUAUAAGUGACCGUGGUCACAAAAUCACUUCAGCAAUGUCCUUUUCACCUCUCGUGCAGUUUUGUCUUUCUACACCUCUUUUGGCAUUCAGUAACGAUAAUGACAGGGUCUUGAUUAGAAGAUUAGAGAACGUUUAACUCCUCGUUUUUCUCAAUGAAAUGCUCUGAGUGUUCAUUAUGAGUAGAAAGGAGACUUCAAUGAGAAGCAUAAUAACAGCAAAAAGAAGAUGAAAACAGGAAACUGGGUGAUCUUUAAUGACAGUGAAAUCAUGCUUUCUAUUAGAUAAUUGGAGAAAUAAGGGAUUGAAUCAACAUAGAGUCUAGUGAGAAUUUAAGGAGGUCUAGGCUGAAUUCCUAGUUCUUUAACCAUUCAAUGAAUCAGAGCUGAACAGUAUAUAAGUGUAAAUAUACUGACUGAGUCACAAAAGGACCUGAUCCAAUUCUCCCUAAAGAGAACAGUACAUGUAUCAGGACUGGACGUUUUCUCAUUUCUGUUUAGCUAGAAUACCUUCCAGAAUACUACAAUUUUAGGACAUUUAAAGGAGCCCCAUGUAGUUCUUCAUUUCACUCACAUGGAAAAAUGCAGAUAGCUUCUUCAACUUACAUAGUAGUAUCACAUCCUUUUUCUUCAGUCUGCCUCAAAGUUCUUUUUUUCAGGUUCCUAGUACUGUAAGAUAGUGUUUCAAUACUCAUUUCAAGCAAUAUUUGAAUUUGAAAAGAGAACAUACCUCUUGGAAUCUUUCAUACAGUAAAGCAAAAUCAGAAAAUAAACAACUGCACUUAACUCAUGAAAAAGAAUUGCAUGCUCUUCCUGACAUUUUAAAGUUAAAAUAUUCUAAGUCAAAUUUUGCUGUCCUUAGUUAAAAGGAGAGCUUCAAGCUGCAGCCACUACUUGCAAGCCUACUGUCUUCUCAGCUGUGCAGCAGUGAAAUGUCCCUCCACAUUUGCCUUUAUGUAAGAUCCAAAUCAGCUCACAAACCUUAACUCUGGCCAGAAAAGGAAUUGCAUUUGUCUCUAGUGGUUUGACGUAUUUUCAAAAAAUUGCUGCUGAUAUGUUUGAGUUACAUUAUAGGAUCCAAAAUCUAUUACACUGUUACACUUUUUUUUUCUCCCAAAGCUUUGUCUCAACCAUACUGAAUAAAAAUACUUGGAUAUAAAAUGAGAAAAGUACUUCUUUCUGAUUUCGUUCAGCAGUGUCUCUGUUCACUGCCUGUAACCCUAAGAUUUCAGUGUUGCAGAAGUAUUCCUCAUGCUGCCACUAUGAGGAAUCAUUUAGGACUUCACCCAUUGCUUAAGCAGAGCUCUCAUCCUGAUCAGAACAGCUGCAACCUUUGAAAGUGCAGCUAAUAUCUCCAUUUAUGCUGGUUAUUAAAUCUGACGUACUUGAAAAUGUCAAAUUUUGCUGAGUGCUGUAGACAGAAGAUACUCAGUGUUACCCCUUUUCCUAAAUGAUCAAGGCAAAACCAUAUGAAAUAACCAAAAUACACAAGUUCCUUGUGUCCAUGUUAUUCUACAGUUCUGCAUCAUCAUUAAUGACCAGGAUGCAAAUAGGAUUUUAACCUCAAUCCUUCCCUACCUAAUUAGCUUUCAAAAUUUGAUUCUGGAGAUCUAAGCACAACACAGUGAAACAGCUGAAGUAAUAUUUCAGGCAAUAUUCAUAGCAAAUAGUUGAGAAAACAUAUUGAAGGAGAGAAAAAUGCAUGGGAACUAAUGGAAAUAAAGAAAGCAUUACAAUCUGCCUAGUCAAUUCACGAGAGAUUUUUCAGUUUUCAGGAUAUGACAAAGCCUGGUAGCAGAUCAUUAGGAUGGUCGUAGGGUGAUCCUCGUUGCUCCCAAAGUGCAAGCCAGCAGUAUUGCUCCUUUCCAUUCUUUAGGAUACCAACCCCUCAGUAUCCAUCAUCGCAGAGAAAACUUUCGCAGUUACUUUCAAUAUAUCUGAAGCCAUCUAUAGUUAUGAAAGCAGGGGAUCAAGUAAAUGGUUUUGGCAUGCACUAGCUCUGCCUUUGUUCAUCAGCCUUGCCCUCCUUCUCUCUCUGCUAUGGUUUUUGCAUGACCCAAGCCUACCCAUCACAAGGCACUCUACAGUGAUUCUGUGGUCAGAUUUCUUGUCCACUGAAGAUAAAGAGGGAAUAAGUGCACUAGUUUUACCUAAUCACCUCUGUUCAGAUGUGAAUUGCAGUGAAGGGCUGUACAUUCUGUGACUGUGCCACCUUGUAUCAUGAAGUCAUGCAGUCCCCAAAACACCUCUGACUUACCAGUUAGAAGCUCUGCUGAAUGCUUUCCCUGUGAGGCCAAAAGAAUCAUUAGAGAAUAUUAGGGAUUUGAAAAAAUAAAAAAACCUUAAAGACUGGAAAGGGAACUUCUGCAGAGCUACAGUGGUGCUCCUGCAGUUGCUUUUCUAAAGCCAUUGGACGAAAGCCCCAAAAGCUCAGUUCAUAAUGUAACAUCAAGUUUUUAAAGACAUGUGAUACUUGGAGAUAGAAGUAUAGAUGUGCCAAAAAAAGAAGAAUUUAUCACGGGAGUUCCAAAUAUCCAUCCUGUGUAAAAAAAUCAACAACAGAAAUUCAGGCAACAUCACAUUUCUUACAAAUGAAAGCAGUGAUGAGGAUAAAUGAAAAGAAAUAUUGUCAGAUAGCUAGGGAUCUAUUUCAAAAGCAAAUUUCAAUUUUAAUUUGUAUUGGUUAGAACUAAAAGAAGACAGGAACCUGCUUUCAGAAUUACUGUUUCCCCAUUUCCUGAUAUGAAUUUGCAUUAUGGCUAAUGAGAUGCAGGCUUUAUUUUUUUAAUGCAAAGAUGUUUCUGUGAAAAUCUUGGAUGUAUUGAAGCUCUGGAUCUGCACUUCAAAUCAGGAGUGCCACUAAAGCCAGUGGAUUAAGCAGCAAGUUGCAGGCUGGCAUACUGAAACUGAAAGUCCUUGAUGAACUAAUUUACUGGAAGUCAGGCUUAUAAGUUACGCCACGCCAUAACAAUAUAAUUCUUGUGAAAUAUCGUUAUUGCACAAUAAAAUAGAAUAUGUAAUGCUAAAAAAAUAUGAUCGUAUACCGUAAGUAAGGGCAGCUCUCGGGGUUUUUUGAUAGGCUUUGUAAAACUUGUUCAAUUUGAAUCAAGGCAUUACAUUCACUUAUCUCUGCAAAGGACAUGGUUUUCUGUUUACAAGGAUAUGAACGGGCUUUUCAAAGGCAUCUAAUUCCUGCUGGAAAUCAGUUCACCUCUUGCGACACUUUGACUUUCAGCAGAAGUCAGGUACCCAUUUUCUUUGGGCAAUUUCAUAACCCAGCUAUGUUCUACAUUUUGAAUCUAAGCUGACCUGACAGUGUCCCUGAAAAGUUCAAACACUAGCAGCAAGGUUUCUGUGCUGCCACACAAUAAUAGCUGAAUUCAUUUAUUUAAAAGCCUUUUAUGGUGAAAGCUUUGCAUCAACCCAAUAGCACAAGCAAUGUUUACAGUUUGUUUGAUUUAAUCUUGGCCUCUGCCUGUUUUAAUUAUAUUUGACACAUUUAGAAAUUGAAUAGCAAAUAAUCUGUUGGGCUGGGCAUGAAAAACAAACUGGCUCAGUUUCUCAGACUGAAUUAAUCAAGCGAAAGAGGUCGUCUUGGGGAAGGCGAUUUCUCAUUAACAUUGUAUUUGAAUAAAUCUCCUCUGGGUGUUAGGUUGGCCACUUGGCUGUGGCUCUGGAAGCAGAGCUGUUUGCCCCUGCCCCCAGUGUUCCUAUUUGUGGAAUAGCAGCUCAGUUUGUAACUUUUAUUAUUUUGACUUAGUUUAGUAAAAUUUGGCUAGUGCCUUAAUUUCUUGGAUUUCUUCAAGAAGUAGCAAAGUUCUUUUGUAAAAUUUCAUUUACAAGCUCUGGAGAAUCACCAAGUGUCUUUCCACUGGGCAAAAAUACUGCUAAAUAUAGCGAGUAGUCAGAAGCUUUUUGAUACAAUCCAUAUAUAUAUUUCGUGUGAAACCAGAGAAAAACCCAGUCACUGCAGCUAUUUGGAAGCCUUAAAAAAUAGAAGGACGAUCUCAUGGAGUAGACACACUCAUUUCUAUUUAGUUGUUCUACAGUUCUGCUCUAAUGUUUUCCUACAGUUUUCAUGACUUAAAAUUUUUUGCUAUCAUAUAAAAUACAAAUUUUUUCAGAUUUUGGAAGGCAGGUGGGAUUUGCUCAAAAUGAAAUAUCCUUUUCUUCACUCUGCUUAUUGUUUUAUAAAGGUAAAGUUUGAUUAAAAAGAAGAAUUAAUGCUCUUGCUUUCGAAGCAAGUGUGCCGUUUUCUGGAUUCCAAAUGGACUUCCUAUUAGGUGUCCAUACAGAAAUUGCUAGAGGAAGGUAGGAUGCCUUAGCUUUCAAACUUCAUCUUAAGAAAUACCUUUCAAAGCAAUGGAAUGUUGCCAGUUUUUCUGUUUGUGGUCUUUUCUGAGAAAUUUAACCUUGUUCUUGGUACCUUUUGAAAAAAAAGAUGCAUAAGAAGAAAAAUUUAAAUAACCCUAAAUAUCCUUAAAAUGUAGCUGCUUGGAGCUGCUGAGGUCCUCUCUCUUUUGCUAAUUUGAAGUUUGUGUCAGAGUUUAAUACCACCAAAGAGAUUUGGUGUUCAAAUCUCAAAUAAAAGUGGUGUUCAAAGUUCAAAUAAAAGAACUUUAAAGCUUCAUUAUUCUAUCUGUUUUAAGUCUUGGAAAUGGGCAGGUGAUCUGAACAGUGGGUGCUAUGCUAAGCCUGUUAGAAGCCAUUAAGAAGACUGGGUUCACCAGGUCUGCACAGCAGGCAUGGAGACACUUGGGGACCAUUAGGGACCAGAUUGCUGCAGUAGGGGCAGCUGCUGGCUGCUGGCACUUGGGCUGUCACAUUGUCUACAUCCUGUCUAUGGGGACAGUAAUAAACAGAUAAUGCUCUCCAGACCCAGUUCAGAAAUUUACCAAAUAAUUUAUUUGGUGAAUCCACAGGAAGGAGCCUGUGGAUGCCAUCCAGCCCAAAACCCUGUUCAAAGCAGGUCCAGCUGGCUCCUGCCUGUCUCUGUGCCCUGUCAUGCAAUUGGGCAAUCCUCCUUCCACAUGUAGACUUUAUUUGAAGUGUCCUGGAAGUACCUUUCUUCCAUGAAAUACAGACUACUUUCCUCUACCAAGAGGAAGUGACAGACCUUCCUCCGUAGCUACUCCAUUUGGGCAAAUACGUAGGGCUAGGUUUAACACAUUCUUUUGUAAAUAGCAUCUAAGCAGCUGUUUUUCUCAGCCUAAUACAAAGCAGAUGGUAUUUUGAUCCCUAGGUAUCAUUAUUGUUGGUAGUCUUAUUAGAGAUGGCGAAGAUUGAAAAGGUCAGUUGGUUUCUGCCAGCACUAAGCCAUAAUCAGGGUAUUACCCCUCUGGCAAAUAAACAGAGGAUUUUAGUUUGGCUCCAUACAUGGGGCUUGGUUGCAUUCUCAGCUCAGAAACUAAUUCAGACUCAGUGAAAGCAAUGGAGACUUCGCUACUGGGCUCUUUAUCUAGCAUAUAGCACAAGUAUUUUCACUUUACAGAAUAAUCCAGAGAAAAGUUGACUAGCUAUUUGCUUUGCUUUUACCACCAUCUGUGCAAAUGUUAGUUCUGCUCAUGCCUUACUGUGUUGUGCACCAGGUUUUUCCCCAGAGGCCAUUAUUUGAUCUACAGAAUAAUAGUCUGCUUAUAAGGAAUCAGAAUUGAUCGUCUAUGUUGGAAAAGACUUUGAAGACCAUCGAGUUCAACCUUCAGCCUGACCUAUUGCGUCUUGGUUGAAAGACUGUUAUCUCUGAGAAUGAACUCCGGAAUAGUUCAGUAUUCACUCAUUUCCUCAGCUGAGAGAUUGACAAAUAUCACCUCAGGCUGUCUGCCCAGCCGCCACCAAAGGUUUUGCUGCCCAUGCUCUUGGGGAGCUACUCACGUGAUCAUUUAUGGGAGAGCCGUAGGAUGAAGUUGUAGGAUUCUGCUCAGACCUUCCUUUACUUAAAUAGUGUUCCCUAUUAACAAAAAUCCCCAUAAGUGAGCAGCAGAACUAACAGUUUUCAUACAAAUUUAUGUCUGAUGUUUCCCCCAGAUUAAUUUAACAUCCAUUUAUUCUUUAAACAACCUGCAAAGCAAUCCAGUCCCCCUCUUUCUGAUACUCCACCUCAUACUCAAACAGUUUCAGGUCCUUCCUGUAUCCAUUGCAAUCAGGUCCUAUCCUCUAUCCAUCUCUGCGGGUCACUUCUCAGAAUCUUGAUUAUUCCAGCAGUGAAUAUCGGAAUAUUUCAGGGUGAUGAGUUAGUGGAAAAUCUAAAUGAAGAAUAAUACUUCACACACAAUGAGCUAGAGACAACUCUGUGGCAUUUCAGAAAUGCUGUGUUGUUAGUGGAUGUAAUAUCACAAACCACUUGAGUAUAUUCUGUUUUAAAGGAAGAACAUUAAACUGCAUGAAGUGGGUUCUGAAUUUAUCUCCAAAGACUGCUGAAUGACAACAUCUGCUCAAGGUGCAACAUCAAUCAGAAAACAAAUAGCAUAUGAAAUUGUAUUAAGAAUCUGUUAUUGUACUAUAUUGACUAGAUGUAUGUCUUCAUCCUACUUACUAUCAUAAUACUUUGACAAAAAGAUGAUCACAGAUGUAAGAAAGAUAAAAGCCCAGUGAAAAGCAAUUAAAAAUGUUCAAAUCAGAUAUCACUAAUUGCUAACCUCUAAGGCACAUCUGUAUGAGAAUGAAAUGAAAAGGGGCACAAGAAAUGCAUGAUUGAGAAAAGGCAGCCCUACAGCACGAGCAGUGUGUGGGACUAAGGAGGGCUCUUCUGUGCCAGGCUCACAUGUCUCACUGGAGUCCUGAGCUGCACUGCAGCAUGACUGCAGCAUGGAUAAAUAUUGGGACCCAUUUGGUUAAUUAGUAAUUGGUAAGGAUUGAAUUGAAUUAAAAUUUAAAGAAAAAAAAAA